UUUUUAGUCUGUGGUUGGCAGCGGUGAAGUGAUGUUUACGUUACAUCGCCGUCAGGUUAUGAGACUCAUAUUUACGUCAGCCUAAUAUUUUAAUAUAUUUAAUCAUAAAACAUAUCCAGAUGUGUUUGCUCAGUACGUAGUCAAUUAAUUAAUUUUAAUGUAGUACCCCUGCCCCGUGUAGACCGCUAGACAACACGCAAUGACGAUGAUCUGGCCGUGGUUAAGUCGUGCCUAUUUUUAUUUCAGCAUAUUCGUGGUAUUCCCACUGAUAUUCCUGUUUUUGCUGUUCGUCUUCACCUUCUUGUUCAUACCGUGCGCGUUUAUUUUCGCGUCAUGGUAUAUGAGGAUAAAGGAGCGCAAGUUGGCGCGAAGAAUCCGCGAUGGCGCGAACGUUGCGUUCUUCCACCCACACUGUAAUGCCGGCGGAGGUGGCGAGCGGGUGCUCUGGGUGGCCAUCAAGGCCAUACUAACCAGAUAUCCAGAUUCCAACAUAUACAUCUACACGGUGGAGACGGCGGAGCCGCAGACUAUCCUGGACCGUGUUCAGAACCAGUUCAAUGUGAAGGUGGACCCGAAGAAGAUCAACUUCGUUCGCCUGAGCCUCGGGCGCGCCAUCGACCCCUCCUCGUAUCCUUACUUCACGCUGCUGCUCCAGAGCUUGGGGUCCAUGGCUUUAGGAUUAGAAGCUUUUAUGAAACUCAAUCCUGACAUAUACAUCGACACAACGGGCUACGCCUUCACGUACCCCAUCUUCCGCUACCUGGCGGCCUGCCCGGUGGGCUGCUACGUGCACUACCCGACCAUCACGGCCGCCAUGAUGCGCCGCGUCAAGCACCGCAUCGUCGCCUACAACAACGCCAGCGUCAUCGCACGCAACCCACUCUUCACUUGGGUCAAACUUAUUUAUUAUAAGACUUUUGGAUGGUUCUACGGUGUGGUGGGUCGCUGCGCGGACGUGGUGAUGGUGAACGGCACCUGGACGGAGGAACACAUCCACGAGCUGUGGCGGGUGCCGCACAACACCUUCCGGGUCUACCCACCCUGUGAGGUAACAGAGCUGAAACAGUUGCGCUCUUUAGUGAAGGAGUCAGACCCGAUCCGCAUCCUGUCGGUGGCGCAGUUCCGGCCGGAGAAGGACCACCCGCUGAUGCUGCAGGCCAUGUACGAGCUCAGGAACCUGCUCGUCAAGAACGAGGCGCUCUGGAACAAGAUCCGCCUGGUCCUGGCGGGGUCCUGCCGCAACGCGGCGGACACGGAGCGGGUGCAGAACCUGCGCGACCUGGCCAAGCACCUGUCGCUGGAGGACAACGUGGAGUUCGUGGUGAACGCGCCCUACGCGCGCCUGCUGCAGCUGUACCAGACCAGCAGCCUCGCGCUGCACGCCAUGUGGAACGAGCACUUCGGGAUCAGCGUGGUGGAGUGCAUGGCGGCGGGGCUGGUGACGGUGGCGCACCGGUCGGGCGGGCCGCUGGCCGACAUCGUGGGGCCGCGCGCGGGCUUCCUGGCCGCCGAGCCCGCGGACUACGCGCGCGCCAUCCUCGAGGCCAUCGCGCUGCAGCCGCACGAGCGGGACGAGAUCAUCGCGACGGCCAGAGCCUCCGUGGACCGUUUUUCGGUGAUGGAGUUCGAGAAGGCAUUCCUGCGCGCCGCCGAGCCGCUGCUGCGCCUCGACUAGACUGACCGACGCCAGGACAAAUGUACAUUACGUUCCAUUAGUUUUAAGUUUAAUAAAUGUUGAACCAAAGCUA